AUGCAGUCAAUCGAUCCCCGAGGCAACGAGAAUAUACAAAGAGCUUCUAGAACGUCAGCAAGAGCUCAAACAACAGAGAUUCAAGCACCUCGAAUCUCUACGACGCGUGCGGAUCUUCCUCUCAGAUUACCGGCACAACCUCUUAAUCCAAGCACUCAAACUACCUUCGGCGAUAUAAACGAAGAUACGUCGGACCUCGAUUUUGACCUCGAUUCACUACCGUAUUCGAAGCCAGAGAGUCACACAAAGGCUAGAUUAAUUAUCGAAGACUUCCUGGACAUAAAGACCUCAAUCAUACAAAUAAAGGAGGAGCACCAAUGGACCUGGGAGGAACAGCGAGCGCAGCAGGCAGCAAUCGAGGGAUUUGAUUCUAGGUGGAACGAGGUUACUAUUGCACGCCUUAAUCGACAAACUGAGGAAGUCGCCAAAAUUCAAGGUAAACAGGUCGAAAGGUUUCCUCAAUCAGGCCUUAUUCGUCUCACCAAAGUCAUCGACGAACCUCUACCCUCAACUCCAAAUUCGCCUCGCCAAUCACUCCGAAAAGAGGAAAACGAGGAACUUCAAAAGCAAAUACUACGGAACGAGGAACUCCAGCGCCGAAAUAACGCUAUUGCUCGUGACCUCGAUGAUCUACGCAAUUUAACGAUUACGAAGGACGCGCAACAGCGUAAAGAGAGAAUCGAAGAGGCUACAAGGCACAAAGAGGAGCUCAAGGCAGCAAGGCAAUCGUCAUCAAGGCGAAGUUCUCGCGAUUCACUCCCUUCUCCUGUUCCUUUACUACUCCAGCCAGCGAUUUUGUCACCGAAAGAAUACGCGAAGGAGUAUAACGACCCUCAGAUUCAAGAAAAAUUUUCCUCUUACCAAAGACAACGUAAGGAUCUUCGAUUUGGUUCGCAGCAAGACCAGGGCAAUGGAUACCGCCAAGGCCGAGCCCAAGGAUACGAGCAGAAAAGAGAGCAAGCUCCUGCUAACGACCUUAGCGAUCCAGAUAGCUCGGACGGUGAUCCAGAAGGAGGGAAUAGAAGGGGAAACGAGUGGGAUAGGCACGGAAGAAAAGGAGGAGGACACGGUGGCCCGACAAAGGGACAAGGAAAUGAGCCGCCAAGGGACCCUGGACGAGACCCUGGACGAGGAUACGAACCCCCCGGCGGACCCGGGCCAAACCGACCCCCUACCAGCACCCCUUUUUCGACCCGAGUGCUAGCCAGGCACACCUACGGCACCCCAGCCCCUGACGACGACGAUUUUCCUGAGCUCGGAACGGCAGACCCUCACCCAAAAGCGAAAGAGUUAGCUCUAUUUGCAAAGAGUUUUCCAAAGGAGCUUAAGUAUUCAAGGCCGAAAAACGAUUUCAAUACUCGGCUCAAGAUUUUUGCCGAUCACGCGUGCCGAUACGGGUUAACAACCGAUGAUUACUUAGCUGCUUUCCCGAUUAUGCUCGCCGAAGAGGCAAUUGGGUUUUAUUACAACUACGUGAUCAAAGCUCAACUUCCUACUUUCAAAGAGAACGCUAUAGCAAUCAAAGAUUACUUUAAGACUGAACACCGACGCCAAGCUAAAUACGAUCGUCUAAAGGACGAUAAAAGUCUUGCCGACAAGCUGUAUUCAGCUUGUAAAAACGUGCCAGAGACGACCAUUGCGCGAAUGAACCCUGCUUCUACCUCUACCGCCGCAAUUGCUGACAUUCGCCGAGCAAUUGGUUUUGCAACUGAGAGCAUUCAACCUCUUAAGACGAGCCAUUUGAUCAGUCUCAGCACUCUUCUCAGCACUCCUUUCAGCACUCUCUUCAGCACUCCUCUCAGCAUUCUUCUCAGCACUCUCCUCAGACCUCCCUUCAGCAAACCUCAAGCAAGGCUGAUUCCGACGACCUUGAGAACGAGUACGAGUGUUUUAUUCAAGGCUGCCAAUACGGAAGAGAGCACUAUAAGCACUUCGCAAGAUGACGGGAAAGAGUCAGCUCUCUUAAAACAAAAACAAGAACAACAAGCAACAAUUGAGUAUUUUUACCACCGAGUGUUUUGCAAUUGCAAGUACUUUGACGACGUCACGACUUUUACGAAUUAUUACGAGAGAUCGCUACCGGCGAUCCAACACAAAAGAAAACGCUUAGCAAGCUUAGCCUAA